UCUGAACAACACAACCCUCUGAUGCGUGUGUUGGUAGCUUGGCACGCUACUUCUCUGGAACCGUUGCUGCUUCCAGUGCUUCCUCCUGAAGUCUUUGAUCACUACCCAGUCGCCGGGCUUGAAGUGGUGUUGUGGUGCAUCAGCUGUCGUCUGCAGUACGGCUUUCCCCUGAGAGUGGAUAGCUGAGAGGGAGACUGAAAGACUUAUACAGUAGUUCAACAAAAGUCACAUACUUCAGGAUACUUGCUGCAGAGCUGACCUUCUAGGAAAGAGUUGGCAUUCCCAUGAGCAAUGGAGAAAAUCUAUGACAAUGCUGUUGAUGUCAAAACCCUAAGCUCAAGAUCAUCAACAAUACAAGAAGGUCCCAGGAGACUUCCCAGAGCGUCUGUUCUCGGUCUGGGGCUGCUGGGUGUUUUCCUGCUGGCUGGACUCAUCGGCCUCGCUGUCCACUACCAUAACUCAGAUGGUGGUGCUGCAGAUCUCUCCGCUGUCAAAGCAAACCUGACCUCAAUGACUGAAGAGAGAGACAACCUGACUGAGCGUCUCCAGGCCAGAGAUCAGCGGAUCAACCGGCUGGUGUACAGGCUUCAGUGUUUGAUGGAGAAAACGUGUCCUGAAGGAUGGAGGAAGUUCGAUUGUUCCUGUUACCUCUUCUCUACUGAGAAACGUUCUUGGGAACAAAGCAGACAAGACUGCACAGCCAGAGGAGCAGAUCUGGUGAUCGUAGACAGUGAGGAAGAACAGGAAUUCAUCACUAGCAUGAUCAAGGAACAAACGUGGAUUGGUUUGAAUGACACAAAAGAGGAGGGGACCUGGAAAUGGGUGGAUGGAUCUCCACUGAAUCUGACGUUUUGGAGCACAAGACAGCCUGAUAAUUUUGACGGAGAGGACUGUGCAGAAAUACGGAGUAUUGUUCACUCCAAAAGCUGGAACGACAGGCCCUGUACGUACGAUCUGCAUUGGAUCUGUGAGAAAGAAGCUUGACAUUGGUGUCUGUUUGGAUACUAAACAUGCAAUCAUGCUUUUACAAUUGAGUUUAAAUGGAGUUAUUUAAAACUAUACACAAUGUCUGAUUUCAUGAAUAAGAAUUACUUUGCUCGAAUUGAUAAAUAACAUGU